AUGACGAUCAAGGCAAAGCCUAUUGACCCUGGUCGAGCUCGGCUUGCUGCGCUGGGGCAGUGGAAUCGGCAGGGCACGACGGCCUGCAGUCGCGCCCCGCCCGCAAACGGCCGAGGGAGCGGCAGUCGCGACAGCAGCAUAGACAGCAGCACAAGCACAAGCUCCACCGAGGGAUGUCGUACUGGCAGGAGAGGCCGUCGACCACUAGGCAAUCGCAGUGCGAAAAGCGAGGGCAGCGUCCACAACGGGGCACCGGCGUUUCUAACUUCUCCACGGGCACGUGACAGCGCAAGCGACACGUCGAAUAGCGAUCCGGAGUUGUACCGCGCGGCUCGAGAGAGAACCGCUCGAUUUUUGUACCCCAAUGAACGUCCUGCUCUCAACACCAGCAGUGGGAGAAACAAUGCCGUUAGAGAAUUGGGUGAUGGGGCGCAAAAAGAGGUGGUGAAAAUAUCUCUUGAUGUCUCACCCCCGCGGACACCCGUGCAUCGGCCUCCCCCGCAGCCGCACAGCGGCAAACAACAGACCGAGCGGGCACUUGGAAACAGUGAGACAAGUUUAGCAAGCAGUCAUGGGGGCUCCUCCCCGCCUCACGUAGCUCCCCCUCUUGCUGUACAAGAGGCCCUCCAAGGGCUACAGGAGACAGCAGACAGUGCGGCACAGCACGACUUUGCCCGUCUCAUGGAUCUUUUUGCUGCUGAUGUUGAUAAAGAGCGUGAAGAAAAGCAUCAGCAACUGCAAAGAGCGACGGAGAGUGAAGCCAAAAACGCAAAACCUCUUGUGGCGACUAAGAUGGACACUCAGGCGCCGGGCCAAGAAGGAAGAGGCGAGGUCUCCAAGACGUACGUUGUUCCUCCAACCACAUUUGAUGAGUUACAGGAGCGUGCGCUCCUGCAGCUGUAUGCCGCAAGCGAGGACGACAACGAUAGCAAGUAUUUCAUCGCCACUGAUCACAUGGCACAGGCGUUUACCCUGGCUGCACUGGAGGCGGCACGCAAGGAUAUUUCAGAAGACCCUGCGGCUGCCCUCGGGGCGCCAGGGGCAUCAGACGGCAGCAAUGCCAGCUCUAGACCGGCUGGAACGCCACUUUCUCUCAUGGAGAUUGUGGCUCUUGAGCGCGCCCGCCGAAACGCCCGGGCAGGCCUCCAGAGGCGACAGGAGGAAGAGGAGGGAGUGACUCUAGAUCGCAAUUCAGAGGAAUUGCUCAGCACGGACGCGGACGUCAUUGCGGCUAAGGCGGAGGCAUCCUUAAACCGUUUCCUUUUGGCUGUUCGUUGCAUUGAAAGUGCGGUGCGUGAUCGACGCGUCACCGAUGAGUUGGGCCGCUUUUUGUUUGCCCAUCAUAAACCAUUCCUUCAAGCAGGUUGCGGCAAGGGGUCAUCGGAGGAUGCGAUUCGGGAGUUCCCCCACGAGGCCUUUGCGGUGUAUGAGCAGUACUCCCGCUACGUGAGCAAGUUUCUCACGGACUUGCUGACCCGAAGUGUCCCAAAGUUUGACAUGGAGGAAUUCGUCUUGGCGCUGUUUGAGGUGAACAUGGACGGCGAAUACGGCGGCGCGCGGGACGAAAGCGUCUCGAUGGAUGUUUUGUCGUACCCUGCGUGGCGCCUUUUACUCUCCACCUCUUCCUUCAAUGAGUUUUGCACCUUCAUGGAUGACUUCAUUGCGGAGGAGUACGGUGUGGAGAAGGUGGCUUCGGACGGCGACACAGAAACCAAGCUUGGCAGUAGCGCAAUGCCCUCUCGUUGCGAUGAGAGUGGCGUGGUUGUGGUCGCAGGCGCACGAGGGAUCCGUGCAUUGCUGUCGAAGUCGAAGGCCAACAUGGCGAAGGUGACGGCAGCCGCAACCGACGAUGCAGACCAGCUGAGGGCUCCCGGCGAGGGCCCGCACGGCGGCACUGACGCCUCGCCCCCUCUACCUCUUCCUCGUGACGGCAGCGUCACCGCGAGCCAGGCGUCCCAGGAGCAAAGACAGCCGCAGGUGCAUGAAAAUUUUUCUGCAAUGGGGGCCAGCGUGCGUCCUGCUUUUGUCCCAACGACGUCCUCGAAUUCUAACUCUGCUUUCUCUCUCAUCUCCGGCGCCCCGAUUGCGGAUCGUUUAAAGACCCCCUCACCGCCACCCUCGCAGCAUGCAGAGCGCGGCAAAGGCAGCCUCGGCUCCGUCAACUCGUUUCCCCAGCUUCCACACUGUCGACGUCGGCCCGAGGCAGUGCCAGGGCGCAAUUUGCCGCCAUUGCCCGCCGUGGAAGCCACAGAAGCGGGAAAAUUCUUCUCCACUGUCCCACCGAAGCUCAAUGUGGGUUCCGAAGCCACUGCCCUUCUCCCGGAUCGUUCCAAGACUGUGUCGCUCACAAGGGGACGCUGUGCGAGGGGCGACCACUCCGGCGGAGAGCCCACUUCUUUUCACGAGAGUGCGCCUUCUUCCUCGACCGGCGUUAGCUCUGGUCGCAGGAAAAAAAGCAAGGACAGUAGGGGGUGUAGCGGCGCACAGACGGGCGCUGGCGCUAGGGGCAUAACAACGGCAAAAAACCCACGAGGGAAGAAGACGCCGUCAGUUCCACGUCGCUGA